GAAGUAGCACAGCUCGAACUGCCAUCAUCAUUAUUGUUCCAAUACUUCUUGUUGUAAUACUUAUCAUCUCCAUAUUUGUCUUUCUCAGGAUGAGAAAGCCAAAGGAAAAAUUUGAUAGUGACGCUGUGGAUGAAAUUAGUGGGGCUGAAUCGUUACAAUUCGACUUUAAUACAGUUAGAGUUGCAACCAAUAAUUUUUCGGAUGCUAAUAAGCUUGGACAAGGAGGAUUUGGUGCUGUUUACAAGGGUAGACUUUUGAACGGACAAGAAAUAGCUGUAAAAAGGCUAUCAAAGGGUUCUGGACAAGGGGAUUUAGAAUUUAAGAAUGAGGUUCUUUUAGUGGCCAAGCUUCAACACCGAAAUUUGGUCAGACUGCUUGGUUACUCCUUGGAAGCAAAUGAAAGACUCCUCAUCUAUGAGUUUGUGCCUAAUACAAGCCUGGAUCACUUUAUAUUCGAUCUGAAGGAGCGUACACAACUAGAUUGGGAAACACGUUACAAAAUUAUAGGAGGCAUUGCUCGAGGACUUCUUUACCUUCAUGAAGAUUCUCGCCUUCGAAUUAUUCACCGUGAUCUCAAGGCUAGUAAUGUUCUCUUGGAUGCAGAGAUGAAUCCCAAAAUUGCAGACUUUGGUAUGGCUAGAUUGUUUGAGCGAGAUGAAACUCAAGGCAAUACAAAUAGAAUCGUUGGAACAUAUGGUUAUAUGGCUCCAGAGUAUGCAAUGCAUGGACAAUUCUCAGUGAAGUCAGAUGUUUUUAGUUUUGGAGUAUUACUUCUGGAGAUUGUAUGUGGUCAAAGAAAUAAUAGCUUCCGCAUUCGAGAGAAUGAAGAAGAUCUUCUAAGCUUUGCAUGGAAAAAUUGGAGUGAUGGGACCACUACGAAUCUCAUAGAUCCCACAUUAAGCAUUGGUUCAAAAAAGGAAAUGAUAAAAUGCAUUCACAUUGGAUUACUAUGUGUUCAAGAAAGUGUGGCGGACAGGCCAACAAUGGCUUCGGUUGUUGUCAUGCUUAAUGGCAACUCCCUCACUCUUCAACUACCUUCUGAACCAGCAUUUUUUAUGCACAGCACCAUAUCAAACAGAUCAUCCUCUGCUGGCUAUUCAAGAGUUGCAAAGUUCGACCACUUGAACAGCGAAACUGUCCCGUUGUCAACAGAGGAGGCAUCAGUCUCUGAGCUGUAUCCUCGAUAGUCCUAAGAACUUUUGCAUCAUUUGCAAGUUUGUUGUGUUGAAUUCCAGAGCCAUUGUGAAAAGUGAUUUCAUCUUUUGAAUGGUUUGUAUUUGAAGGAACUUUAAUUUUCAAACUUAUCUUAGUAUGCAGAGACAAAAAAGAGCAUUAUGAUGCUAUGAUAGGAUUCCGAACUUCAAGUUCCUUAGCAUGAAGUGGUUUAGAUAUUAUAAUGUCGUCUAUUUGAUACAUUUAUUCAUAGA